AUGGUAAAAGUUCUGCAACUAUGCUUUUUGAGCGCAAUAUCGCUCGUUCAAGCGUUGAAUUCGACUGUAGAUCAAAAAGAUGAGGCGAAAGUGGAUAUCAACACUGUUUUCGAUAAUGAUUCGACUAAUUUCUGCCGCAUGGACAAGACAGAAGCUAUUGGAGCCACCUGUGAUGUGACCUUCCAUGAAAUUAACGAGGUUAACAAUAAUAUUAGACCACAAUUGUUGUCGUUGGUUCAAAGUGAUUUUUUCAAGUAUUUCAAAUUGGAUUUAUAUAAAGAGUGUCCAUUCUGGUCGGAUAACAAUGGGUACUGCGUAAAUCGUGCGUGUGCUGUUGAUGUGGUAGAAGAUUGGGAUAGCUUACCAGAGUAUUGGCAGCCUGAAAUUUUGGGUAACAUUGAAAAUGCUACCACUGAUAUUACCGAUGAUGAAUGUUCAUUUUUAGAUGAGUUAUGUGACAAACCUCGUUUCGAAGCUGAAAAGGAUAUUGAAUACUGUGAUACCAAUGAUUUCAAUAGCCAGCAUUCAGUAUUAGUUGAUUUGACCGCUAAUCCUGAGAGAUUUACGGGUUACGGCGGUGAACAAUCGUCGCAAAUCUGGUCCAGCAUUUACAAGGAAAACUGUUUCUCAUUAGGUGACGAAAACCAAUGCUUAGCUAAGGACGCCUUCUACAGAUUGAUAUCGGGAUUGCAUGCUUCAAUUGGUACUCAUCUUUCCAAUGAACAUUUAAACACCGAAACAGGUAAAUGGGAACCUAAUUUGGAACUAUUUAUGACCAGGGUAGGAAAUUUCCCUGACCGUGUAUCGAACAUUUACUUCAACUUUGCCGUUGUCGCGAAGGCCCUUUGGAAAAUUAGACCAUAUAUGAAUGAACUAGGUUUCUGUAAUGCUUACAACGAGGACGUUAAGGGAAUGAUUGAUGGUGUCGUUUCUCAGCUAAAUAGCAAAGUUUUCAACGAAGAUUUACUUUUCCAUGAUGAGGUCAGUGGCCAACUUAAGGAUGAUUUCAGAAUCAGGUUCAAGAAUGUCACGAAAAUUAUGGACUGUGUGCAAUGUGAUAGAUGUAGAUUGUGGGGUAAAGUGCAAACCACUGGAUAUGCUACUAGUUUGAAGAUUUUGUUCGAAAUGGAUAACGAUGACGAUGUGGCAAGACAGCAUGUCGUUGAUAAACUUACCAAGUACGAAUUAAUUGCUUUAUUCAACACUUUUGACAGAUUGUCAAAGUCAGUGGAAGCAGUUAACAGAUUCGAAGAAAUGUACAACUAUCAAUUAAAGAGUCCUGGUGAAAAACUGGCCUCCUUUUUCCAAUUGGAUAAUUUCUUCAAAGUAUUGAAUGAUAAGUUUAACAGUGCCAAUCAUUCAUCUCAAGAAAAAGAAUCCGUUAGUAACGUAGAAAAGAAGGUAAAUGAAUUCAAUGAUCUAAAAAUGCCAGAGAAGAAGAAAGAAACACAUACCGAAGUUCGUGAACAGGCCAGCGGUGUAUUCAAAGAAGCAUGGGAUGUAGAAUGGAAGAAUUUCAAGCAAGCGUUGCGGUUUAUCGUAACAAGUUAUACGGACCUACCUUCCACUGUUAGUAAGUACACUGUACUAAAGCUCAAUAAACUCUGGAACAAGUUUAUUGGUGUUCCAAACUAUCUCGAAGAAGGAGAGGAGCUUGAAUAUCCAUCCUACAACUACGAAGAAUAG